AUGAAGACCGCCAAGAAACACAACGUGAGUUUUGCGGCGAUCAAGCUAGGACCGGCCUUGAAGCAAGCUCUCCCGAUCUGGUACCACCUCGGCGCAAAGAAGCGUCUGAGAAUGCUGAACAACACGAAAAUCAGUGACUGCCUGAGGGAUAAACACGGGGUGUCACGGGUAGCUGACCUGUUGCGGCUGUCCGCAAGACCGUGCUACCGUGGAGCGCUGCUGAUGUCGAAUGACUUCGUCCCACCCUCUUGUGACUGUGCCGACUGCAUGGCGGAUACAAUGAAAGGUUGUAAGCACCCGCUUGGAUGCUGCCGAGCCGCGGCGAACCUCAUGAGACAGGUCAAACCAAAAUGGAACCCAGGCUUCGAGCCGACUCCAGACGGACUGACGCUCACACAAAAGCGCCAGGACAAGAAUGCGGAGGCUCUUGAAGGGGAGGGCGACGUGAUCUUCGAUCCGUCGCUAACGAGCGGCGACCUACUGAUGGAGGCCUUCCGAGUUUUUGUGGACCCAAAAGUUCAUGACGAACCUCCGGCUAUGAGAGCUCGAUCUGGACGAAUUGUGUCAGAAGAAGCCGGAACAGUCUACAUUGAAGGCCCAGUGAACCGGAAGCGCCUCCCGCCCGGAUCCAGGCCCAUGCCUAGUAACAUGGGCUUCGUCCAUUUCCCUGCGACACCGGAACACAGCAUGCUGGUAAUACCCGCAACGGGUCAGAAGGACGUCCUGUGCCAACAAGGGGAGGUAAUAGCGGCGCUUAAGGCGGUGGAAGUCAUCCCUAGGGACGUCCCUCUCAGACUGCUC